GAUUCUUUCCAUUGUAGUAGUUUAUUAGGCUUAUUGUCAAAAGUCAAUCUGUUUUAUCGUAUCUGUUCAUCUAUCGAAUCGUAUCUUUUAUUCUUAUUUUAAUUGAACUUUCCGUGAAUUAACUCAAAAUGUCAAACUCAAAACGUAAACGAUCUAAGUCUCCAUCUAAACCACUGGAAUUGGAAACCGCUAAACUUGGAUUCAUCGGCAGUGGUAAAAUGACUGAAAGUUUGGUCAAUGGUUUUAUCGAUUAUGGUAAAGUUGAUAAAAAACGAAUCUUCAUUUCUGCUCCAACCGAAAAAAAUUCAAUUCGAUUCAAGGAAAAGGGUUGUAACAUCACUAAACGUAAUUAUGAUAUCUUUGGUAAAUUUGAUUGCGAUGUUAUCUUCAUCUGUUGUCCUGGAUCUGUUGUCCUCGAUUGUCUCCGUGACCCUAAACGACCUCAUCCAUUAUGCACCAAUUUCAUUCCUUUAACCAGUAAAGAUAAAUACAUAUUUUCACUGGUUUCUGGUGUUAAAUUAACUCAACUUCAAACUGUCCUUCUUAAUCCCGAUCACAAGGGUAAAUAUAUUAUUGAAAUGCACCGAAUCGUCAUUAAUCCUGCCUGUGCUUAUGGAUUGGGUAUUUGUGCCAUCGACGUUGAACCUGACUCUAAUAAGCUGUCAGCUUCCUUACGAACUCUACUUUCGACCAUCUCGAAACUCGAACAUGUCCCAGAGGAACAAAUGGAUGCUGCUUGUGCCAUUUGUGGAGCAGGUUUGGCGUUUGUUUACUGUUUCAUUAAAGCGAUGGCUGAUGGUGCUCUUAAGGCUGGUCUGGAUCGAAGUAUUGCUAUUAAAUUUGCUGCCAAAACACUUCAAUGUGCUGCUCAAUCGUUACUUGAAACUGGCAAACAUCCUGGUGAGUUGAGAGAUCAUGUUUGUGCUCCUGGAGGACCAGCUAUUGAAGGAAUCAAUAAAAUGAAUAAUCUCGACUUGAAUGGAAGUAUCAUUUCUGCCGUUGAGAAGUCAAAGGAUUUUGCUGAUAAACUUCUUACAGUUAAACCUUAAAACAUAUUCUUAUUCUUGAACUAUUAUAUCAGAUAGCUAUUUAAAUUUAUCGUUUACUCCUAA